GCUGCUCGUUAUACCUAGAGACAGACACAGCACAUUGGUUUGUAACGUGCCACUGGAGAUGCUCACCUAAACACUCACAGGAAAACACUGGCACCUUUUUCUUGGGCAUUUAAUCAAAACCAAGACAAAUAUUAUGUGUACAGAAUGUUUCAGAUGCUCUCCUGUGAAAGCAUCUGUGCCCAGCCUUGAAGUCCAGAGGAAUGGGAAAUCUCCACUGAUUGGUUUCUCUUAGGUGAUUUUCAUCAUUGGAAACCUUGCAUUACACAGAACUCCACACUGGAUUCUCCCAUCAGAAAACAUCUUCUGAAGAAGCCUUUGGACUUCACCAUAAGGUCAUGCCUACACUAACAGAGAUUUAGUUAUCAGUAGUGCUGGUAACUGUAUGAGUGCAGAUAUUCUGGUACAGAUGUGUGUUAUAAUCACCUGUCAGCCCUGAAAAGAAGAAGCCUUGUGUAAAGACAGAUUUCCACUUUAGAGAUCACACCAUACUCCAUCUUGUGAAAAUAAUAUGAACCAGAAAGUGUUAGUUUUCCUUCUCCCAAAUUUUAUAUUUGGGAUAUUUCUUUUUGGAUUUUUCUAUAAGAGACAAAAACCCAUAACAGGUGCUUUUCCCCAUCCUGAUGAAAAUUGGGUGGCAAUUCAAAAUGGUCGCAAAAGCACACUGGCUUCUGUCUGCCUGAAGAACAACCUUACUAAAUUAAAAAGCACAUUGGGUGUUGCAAACCAGCUCUUUGUGGAGCACAAGCAUAAAUUUAUCUACUGUGAGGUGCCCAAGGUAGGCUGCUCCAACUGGAAGAGAACUAUUUUUCUUCUCCAAUCAGACUUGAAUGCAGAAGCUUCCGAAAUUGAGCACAACCACAUCCACCAAACGUCAGCGAUCAAAAGGUUGGGGUCUUAUCCUCCUGCCAGACAAAAGGAAUUUCUAAGCAAUUACACCAAAGUGAUGUUCACCAGACAUCCCUUGGAACGUCUGGUUUCAGCUUAUAGAGACAAACUUCUGCACUCUGAGCCAUUCUACAGCAUCGCUGUUGCUAAUGAGAUUAGGACAAUGUUCAGGAAAAACAAAAAUUCUUCUGAAAAAGUGAGUUUCCAGGAAUUUGUCAGCUUCAUUUUAACAAAACCACCAAAUGCUCUUGACAUUCACUGGAAACCAAUGUUUCUGCUCUGCAAUCCUUGCAACAUUGAUUAUGAUGUUCUGGGUAAGUAUGAAACUCUUGGAUUAGACUCUGAGCAUGUUCUGAAGGUCAUUGGAGCACCAGAGAGCAUGCAAUACCCCAGCCUGAAGAGAUACCGGUCAGAGAAACGAACUAAUGGUGAUAUCACCUUGGAGUAUCUCCGCCAAUUGACUUCAAAACAAAUUGAGAAGAUCAAAAAAUUGUAUCAAAUGGAUUUUUUUUUGUUCAACUAUACUACGAAAUUUGAGGAUUAUUUUUCCCUGAAUGACUAAUGUAGGUUAAACAAAGAACAGUUUCCUUUGUACAAAAAUGGGCUGAACUUGUCCUCAAAGGUGCUUGAUAGGUGGGUUGAUGACUGACUGCUGCUGAGAUUUUCCUGGAGUUUGUAGAUAUGGUGUAUCAUCCUAAACACCCUUAUAAAAAAUCCCUGCCAUGAUCUCUUGUACCAUACAGUACUUUACCUAUGAAAUUAUUGUCUUCCUGUUGAUCAUUAGUGGCAUACAUUUGAUUCAUGUUUAAAAUGAUAGAUUUUGGUCCAUUUGUAAGAGACAUGGGAAGGAUGUUGUUUCACAAUGAAUAUUUUAGAACACCAUUUUUAUACAAAUUAUUUUAAUUUUUUUAAUAGAAAAUAAGACAUAAUCUGCUUGAGAGUCAAACUCCUCUUUGUCAGCAAGAGCCUUGGCACAAGGAGAGAUCCAAAGUAAGAAGACCAACAAUUUUAUGAAGAAUGAUUCAUGGUUCUGGAUCUUGCACCCACCACCACCAUAUUUGGUGUUCCCAUAGCCCUAGUAUCCCCUGAUACUGGAUUAGUCAUGACACCCUGGCAAUCCUGUAGUUCACGUAGAUUUUUUUUUUUACUUUCUAGUUUUGCUGAGGCAGAGGAAGUUGGAAAUUACUCUCAUCAAAGUUAAGGCUAUGCAGAAAGAUGAACUCUCUCUCUUUUUCCUGAAUUAGAACCAUCUCCAGCUACGUGCUUCUCCUGCUUUGUUUGACAGAUCAUGCAGAGAUAGAGGGGAAUAAGAUUUGCUUCGUAACUCACUUCUACAUGGUAGAGCCCUCCAGGGCUCUAUCUGAAGCUGUAAGUAUAUCUAAAAAUAUUUUAGUUUUCUGAAACCACCAGCCAGCCUAGGAAAACUCUGAAGAAAUUAUACUGACAGAGUUUGAUAGGUGUCUUUGCUAUCAGCACUCUAGUGUUCACACCCCCCUCCAGUUUCUUGCUGUUAGAUGUGAGUGGCUUUCUAUUCUUAUUUCCUCUUUCACACAGGAUCACAUAUUCUUCCCUCAGCGGUGACAGAAAACUGAUGGCUAAUUCAUUCUUCACAAGUGCUAGUCAGUAGCAAAAGUGUAUCUACUGAAGCAGAAAAAUCUGUGUAGCUAUUCACAAGGGCCUUUGAGUUUUGACAUUUGCCUAUAGGAAACUAUAAGUAGCAUGUUGCCUUGAAUCACUGGCUGCUGUAAUGCUGGUGUGGCUCUGAACAAAAAAAUAACUGCAGAGGACAUGUGUGUGCAUGUGUGCACAUAUAACAACAGUUUUAGGAAACAACAACAUACAAGAGUGGUAUAAAUUGUGGAUUAUCAACAGUAACAAAAUGAGAAUAAUGGGUUGAUAUCUGUUGGAAAAUAGAAAAAAAAAUGCCUUCUUGAUAUUGUAAUGUAAUAAAAAUUGAUGUUGGCUCUGGGCAUUGUCCUAGUCAGCCCACUUGUAGACACCUGCAAGACACCUGUAAACAUUAUGAUGAAAAUUAUAACAUGACUGUCUCUUUGUGGCCUGGGAGAGAGAUUUCCUGUACUGUUUUCCCUAGAAAUGCACUGCCCAGAACAAGGCUCUAAACUAAGUUGAGCUCCCUGCUGGCUUUUGCUCAGAGAAGAACCUCCAGUGGAACUUCUUUCCUUUGAAUGCUAACUCUGAGGUGAUGUUUUCCUGAGAGGAAAAUGGGUGCUUGCUGCUGGGAGCAAGGGUGUAGGCAGCGUGGUGAGGCUCAGGGAUCCUGGGGUGGAUUUAAAGGUGUAGGGAGUGCCAUAAUUCAUCUUCUGAUUUAUUAUUAUAUGCCUGUGAUAUGACCAUUGUUAUGUUUUAUUGCUAAUUACCUUAAUAAACUGUAGUGUCUUAACACA